AUGCAAUCUUCGGAACCUGUGCCGUGCAACGCCAAGGAUGAACCUACUCCAGGGGAUUUGCUUAUGAGCCAAUACACAUCUCUCUACGAUCCUCAGGCGCCGUCUUCUACCGCAAACCUCUCCGGGAUAUCCCCCGCUUCCUUCACUAUGAGCCUCUCGGCCCCGUCGACGCCCUCGACCCCCUUGCACACCCAUAACCGGUCCAUUUCUUCCGAAUCUGCAGCUUCUCUUGUCGAGCGGUCAGUCCCCAGCAGGAUACACCCCUCUCUCCAGGCGUACCAAUUCGGUAGACCACCUCGUAUCUCUCCCGAGCCCUCCUCUUCUACCUCCAGUCCUUCCCACCCACCCCCCAAUCCCAAUCAUCGCCGGGCCGUCAAGCCGGGCCCCUCUCGCAAGCGACCCGCGCAUCAGGCCCUGAGCAACUCGGACGACGACGAGGACCUGAGCGAGGAGCUCGACCCGCUCGACCCCGACGCGACAGAGGAGGAGAAGAAGGCGUACAACCGCCGUCGGAACACGCUCGCUGCCCGUCGUUCGAGGGCGAGGCGCGCGCAGGAGUUCCAGCAGCUCAAGGAGGAGAACACGCGUCUCACACGCGAGACGGCCGUGUGGAAGGAACGGGCGCUCAUGAUGGAGCGGGUGCUCGCUGCUCAUGGGUAUCCAAUUCCUAGCUUCUCGCGUUGA